AUGUUCAUUGGAUGUUUUGUGAAGGAAAAUGGGAAAAUGCCUGCAGUGAUUCCAAAGCUUAGCUACAACAAUCCAUUACAUAUAUUCAAAUUUCUUCAACAACAUGGUAAUGAUCCUGCUGUUACAGCAUUCAUACCCAAGCUCAAGGACCACCUUCUGUAUCAACUUCGAAGGUUAGACAUCAGCUACUGCAACUAUAGCUUCACAAACAACAAGCGCAAUUCAAUUGUCAUCCCAGACAAUAAGAUAUAUUCCAUCCAAACAAUGCAGGAUGCAUUUGGGUUUCUUGAUCCUGGCCAGGUCAUCCAAAGUGCCCAUUUUAUUCUGGCUUUUGCUUCAGGGCACAGAUCAAGCUCCCUUCACUAUGGAAGAUCAUUUGCAUGUCAAGAUGACAGAUUAGAUGACUGGGAGGCAUUUUACGUUGGCGUAUUUGCGGAUCAGGACAUGUUCAUGCAUUAUACAUACUUUGGAAUUGGCCAUCCUAUCAUCCUAAGGCAGAUGACAAAAGAUUGUAGCAUGGAGUCAGUAGACCACUCAGACCCAGAGACCCACAGAAAUGAGGGGAGCAAUAUUCAACACUGUGAAGGUGACAAAGAUGAAGGCAACAGUGAAUAUGGGAGGGAUUAUGAAAAUGGCAAGGGAAUGGACGAUGACAACAACAACAACAACAACAACAACAACAACAACAACAACAACAACAAUGACGAUGAUGACGACGAUGAGGAUGAGGAUGAGGGCAAGGGCAAGGGCGAGGAAGUGGACAAGGAUGAGGGCGAGGACAAGGACAAGGACAAGGAUGAGUAUGCUGAUCAUCUGUCUUUCUGA